GAGGAUUCUUAAUUCAAUACGCCAACUAAUCGCGUACCAUAAACAAAUAAUUUUUCCAUUUGUCAUUGUUUGAGUGAUUUAUCUACACAAGAAACAUUGCAUUGAUGCAUUUCUUCACUCUUACCAACUGUUUGUCUCUCCUAUUUCUUGCUCUUGCCUUAUUCUUGUUCUGCAGAUACCCUCCAGUUUCUUCUACUCUAAAUAUGGCUACGGAUUCCCCAAAAUCCAUUUUUGAUUUCUCUGUUAAGGAUAUACGUGGAAACGAUGUUCCUUUGAGCAAUUAUAGGGGGAAGGUAGUUCUGAUAGUGAAUGUUGCUUCAAAAUGUGGUUUGACAAACUCAAACUACAAGGAGCUGAACAUCUUAUAUGAAAAGUACAAGGAUCAAGGGUUUGAAAUCUUGGCGUUUCCUUGCAAUCAAUUUGCUUGGCAAGAACCUGGGACAAACGAGGAGAUCCAGGAAACUGUUUGCACUCGGUUUAAAGCCGAAUUCCCUAUAUUUGAAAAGAUUGAUGUGAAUGGGAAGAACAUAGCACCACUUUACCAGUACUUGAAAUCAGAAAAAGGAGGUGUCUUUGGGGAUUCUAUCAAGUGGAACUUUACCAAGUUCCUUGUGAACAGGGAAGGAAAGGUUGUGGAGAGAUAUGGUCCUUCGACAUCCCCUCUUAAAUUCGAGAAAGACAUAGAGAAUCUCUUGGGCUCCCCUGCAAGCACCCAGGAAAAUUGAAGCACCAAACAUUUUAAUGGAAGCACCAAGUUUCAGAUCUUUGCAGUGUGUAACAUAUAUCAUAUCAUUGGUUGCAUUGUAAUAGCGAGUGGCAUAUCAGGGCACUGUUUAUCUUCCCUAAGCAUCUGUUAGUAUCUGGUUUUAUUUUCUUUCUGAGCAUGCUUGUCUGCCAGCCUUUCCUGCAAAUAAGUGUUCAGAUCCAUGGAAAUGAACACAGCAUUCAAUAUUUCAUCCUAUUUCUGAAACUUUAUGGAAUGUAUAUUAAGCAAAAGUUGUGUUUAA